AUGGCGGUGUUGUGGUAUGUGGGUUCAAUGGUGAUGUGCCAUGGCACCCGGAGGUCUAUUAGUGAGUCAACUGCUUUUCUUGAAGCACCAAUUGUGCAAGAAUGCAGAAGAUCAUCUAUAUCUUCUGGUUCUGGGAAUGAUAUUGAAUUUGAGAGGUUUGGCGAUCAGCUCAUGUAUAUGUUCACUGAUGAUGUUGUGAUGGGGCCCACUUUAUCAUCUUCGAGCUCUUCGUCGCCGUCGGAUCAUAACAUUAUUAAUGGUGAAAAACAAUGUCCACCUGAUCAACAGCUGCACCAGCCAAAGAGUGAACCUGAUGAGGUGUAUAGUUCAUGCAAAUUUGAGGAACAAAAUGCUCAACAUGCAACCACAGACAAAUCAAAUGAUAAGAUUUCUGAUCCAAAAAGGAUCAAGAGGCCCAUUUAUCUCGACUCUAUCUCGCCAUGGUUUCUUCCCCUCCUCACCGCCGCCUACUCUGGCCGUUCUUCCCCUCCUCAUACGAAAUAUGUUGUUGCGGUGUUGGGUAGUGCGGGCCCGAUUAGAUUCGGGGUGAAUGAGGAGGAACUUGUUCUGCGAUCCGCAUUCGUUAUAAACUUAUCCUGGCCUCCCCUUUAUUGCCCAUCAAUUGACUCCUCUCAGAUUCGCAUUCGCGUGGAUCAAAUGGUGGAGACCAUUUUAGUCAGAGAAAAUUUUACACUGGAGGAACUUCUGGAUGAGGAUGAGAUAAUUCAAGAAUGUAAAUCUCUUAAUGGCCGUCUUAUUGAUUUUUUGCGGGAAAGAGCUCAAGUUGAGCAACUAAUUCGAUAUAUAGUGGAAGAAGCUCCAGAGGAUGCUGAGAUUUUACGCUCCUUGAAGGGUGUGCACUUGCUGCAAAUUCCUGCUGAAGUUCAUGAGGCCGAGCUUCCUUUUAUGAUUCCACAUGUUAAAGCAUCUUCUCCUCCUAUAUCUUCUUCAAUCCAGAAGUUACUUACCAACUCAUCAGACUUUUCUCUUCAAGGAUUUCCCUUGGUUAAUAUGGACCCUCCACCUCAAUCUACUUGGAUAACUAGCAGCAGCGGUGGGGAUGAUACUACUGCGAAAAUCGAAAGUAUGAUGGAGGUGGCGGGGGUGGUGCUCAAGUGA